ACAAUCGAUUAAUUGGUUCCAACCGUCUUUUACAAGUGUAUUUUACCUUUCGAUAAUUCGUAAUUUUUGGUUAUUACAUAUUUUUGUUACUUAAAAUUGACCAAGAUUCUAAAAUUCUAAAGCCUUAUUUAUUCUUAAUAUCUUUUUGAGUAAAUCUUGAUGAACGUAACCGAUCACCGACGCCAUUUCUGUUGUAAAUCGUUUCGAUUUCAAUAAAUCCGAUAUACAUGUAUUGAUAGCAUAACGAUAACCCUAGAUUUAUAUUGAUACACGAAAUUUUUGAUACGAUGGCUACUGAAUCAGAAGUUGUAUGGAAAUGUGGAUCGUGCGAUGAAUGUUUUUAUGAUCUACAAAUUUUGGCUAGUCAUAAAUGUAUUGGAAAUAGUGGUGCUGUUUUAAGUGAUAGCUGCAUAAAACAACUUGAAGUUCAAUCGUAUGAUUGUACUGAUUUGAGCAAUUCUAAUGAUCAAGUACAGGAUAUGGGUGGCUUGAAUAUAAUUGAUGGUCCAGAUAUAACAGAACUUCCAUAUUCCAGUGCUUCUUAUCACAAACCUACAAUAAUAUCUGUAAAAAAGAACUCUGAAUUCAAGAAGCACCAGAAAGGGAAAAGAAGUAUUGUGUGGACUUAUUUUACUGCUCUUGAUGAGAAAAAAGCCAUGUGCUGUAUCUGCCAAAAAGUAAUUUCGUAUUGUGGAACUCCAACCAAUUUAGUUUACCAUUUAUCACGAUAUCAUCCCAUCGAAGGAGAUGUUGUCAAGAGCAAGCAAGCAAAUAAUAUCAAGUAUCAGUACCUUUCCAAUAAACUUCCCAAACCAUGUGCCUCAGAAAAAAAGAAAAUUCGAAAUCCUACUUUAAAUAUUAUACCUCAAGUAACAUUAGAAACUACUUCACCAUUAUCUGUUGUAACUAAAAAGACAAAUGUUACUGAUAAGAUCAUAGAAAUGUUACUAGUAGAUAUGCUUCCAGUGAAUCUUUUAGAAGGAACUGGAUUUAAAAAAUUAAUAAAUUCCUUAGAACCUUCUUAUAAACUACCUACAGUUAAAGAUUUCUUUAUUGACCAUAUACCAAAAAAGUAUUAUGUUGAAUACAAAAAAGUUCAAAGUUUAUUGAAAGAUGCUGAGAAAGUUCACACUUCAAUAGAAUUGUGGACUGGAUACAGUGAGCAAAAGUUUCUGACAGUCUCAUCUCAUUUUGUUACCAGCGAUUUUCAUUAUAAACACUAUGCUCUGAGCACUGUUCCUGUGAAUGAUAAUAACCCUGAACACUUAAUGACUAGCAUAGUGACUUGUAUUUCACAGUGGGACUUAUCGAUGGAUGUCAUGUGCAUUGUUACUGAUGGCAGUGAUAUCAUGUCUAGAACAUCACAGCUAACUGGUUGGACGAUGAUAACUUGUUUUGCACAUAUUUUAGAUGACAUUAUUAAAACAUCAUUAUCUUCCAUCGAAUUGCUGCCUCUUAUUACUAAGUGUCGAAAUGUUGUGAAAUUUCUUCGAGGCAAUGAAACUGCUAAACAGCAACUUCUUGAAGCGCAGAUGCAUGAUAAAAACUUAAAAAUGCAGCAUGCUCAAAAUCAGUCCCUGGAUAUAAAUGCAGCUGUUGAUGUAAAGUAUCCUUUGAAAGUAAAGAAAGAUCACCCCAAUGAGUGGAUAAGUACUUUUUAUAUGCUCCAAAGAAUUGCUACUUUAAAAAAUGUCUUGAUGAAACUGCUCUCAAAUUUCUCAUCAUCAGUUGAAAUAUUAACAAAAAAUGAUUGGACUGCAAUUGAUGAAACUAUUAGUCUUCUUAAAGCUUUUGAAGUUGUUACCCUUGAACUUUGUAAUGAACCAUAUCAAUUUGCUUCUAAAGUUAUACCUGUGACAUUAGGGUUAAACUCUCUUAUUAAUAACUGUAGCACAUUAACUGUUAGCAGCAUUGAAAAGGUCAGGAAGGACAUCCUGGGCUCUCUCCGAAAACGUCUUGGUCAGGUUGAGCAUAACUUGAUGCUGGCCAUGGCUACAGUUUUGGACCCUAGAUUUAAGAACAUUGCUUUUCAAGCUGAGGUAGCUGUUGAGGCAGCAAUACAACAGUUAACAGCUGAAGCCAGUAAGCAAGUCACAGAUGAUUCAAUGAUGGACCAUUCUCUAGAAAAGGAUUCUAGAGAUAUAACUUCUUGCACCGACAGCUUGUGGGAAGGAUUCGAGCGAAAAGCCACACCAAAGAAGGCUCCUUCCAGGACAGAUGAGGUUAUAAGUAGUGAGAUUAAAAAUUAUUUAGAAGAACCAUUGUUAGACAGAAAAAAGAAUCCAUUUAUGUGGUGGAGAACACAAGGACAAGCUCAAUUUCCUAUUCUUGCAAAAUUAGCAAGAAAACUUUUGUGCAUCCCUGCUACAUCUAUACCACCUGAAAGAGUAUUUUUAAAGAAAGGACGUGUCUUUUCUGAAAAGAGGCGUUUAAUCAAACCAAAAUACAUUGAUCAAUUUAUGUUUUUGAAUAUGAAUAUUGAUUAGGUUAUUCUAAAUAUUUGUUAAAUGGAAUCAUUAUGUUGAUCUUUGAUUUUUUCAUAGUUAGAGUACUGGAAACAGUAAAUUUUCAUUAAGGAUUUUUCUUAAAUUUCAUUUUAGUAAAAAAGUUUUUUUAAUCAUAAUUUGAAAAAAAUUAUAUAUAUGAUUUUGGGAAAACAUUUUAAAUAUGAAUUAGCAUUAUCAAAUUUACUAAAAGUGACAAAUGAUAAUUUCCUAGAAAAUAUAUAUAUAUAUUAGAUUAAAUAGGUAAAUCGUUUCUCACAUUUAUUAAAAAGAAGUUAUGUUAUUUUCUCCGUAAUAUAAUUAUGCAUGUUUAUUAUAGAUUGCUUUAAAAAUAAUUUAUUUCCUUAAUAUUUAUAAUUAUAAAUCAUCAUUUAAAAUAUAAAAAAGACAAACAAAAGAAAAUCCCCAUUUUGUAUGCAAAGCACAAUCAGGGAUAGGUACAAACAGGAAAACUAUGCAAUAUAGAUAUAUUUGCCUGACUUAAUAAUCACACAUAGUUGCCUUUCAAAAAUAGCAAUCUUAGAAAAUUGCAGAAAUUAAAAAAAAGGAAAGGUUGCGAUUUUGGACAUCAAUCUAUUUGAAAAGAUGCAAUUUCCAUAGUUCCCAUAUAUUCAUAUAAUGUUGCCUGUUUAGAACUCAAAUUUCUAUUUUUUUAUAUAAAAGCUCCUUUAUAAGUCAAGAUUGUUGUAGUGGAUUUGAUUAUAUGUAUAAUUGCAGCUUCUUAUUUUGAUUUUUUUUUUGUACCUUAGUUACUGCUAUGUUUUGUUAAAAGCAAACCCUCUACUUUUUUAAAAAUUUAUUAGUUAGAAAAACUAUUUACUUUUUUUUUUUUUUGACAUUCUAUUUAAUUUUACUGAAAUCCUCACUAUUAUUUUUCUCACCUAAUUUUUUCUACGAAUAUAGAAAAAAUUCAUAUAUUUGGUUUUUAUUAUUUUUAAUGCUAGCUCAAGUUUUUCCAGAAUUUAAAAAUCAUCCAUUUCUUAGCCAUAUAAUUCUUAAUAAUUUAUUUUCGACUAGUCUCAGUUAUUUUAUCUCAAAAUGUGAUAACAGUUUGUGCUAUUAGUAUUUGAAAUGAUUAACUGUGUACCUGCAACGACUGAAUGUUCUUCUUGUAUAUAUUGUAAAAAGCAAUUGUUGAUAAAUAGAAAUCAAUUUUU